AUGGAUGAUGAAAUUCAAGCUUUGAAGAAAAAUGAUACGUGGGUUCUUUUAGAUGUUAAAAACGCCUUUCUUCAUGGUUUUCUUAAUGAAGAGGUAUACAUGGAACAACCGCCUGGCUACACUGAUCCACAGUUCCCUCAGCAUGCUAAUUCUUCGUUGUUUGUCUAUCACUCCUCGCUUGGGACUGUUUACUUAUUUCUUUAUGUUGAUGACAUGGUCAUCACUGGAAGUAAUACUUCUAUGGUUCAAACCCUUAUUACUCGGCUUUUCAAGGAAUUCUCUAUGAAGGAUUUGGGUGAUCUUCAUUAUUUUCUCAGUGUUAAAGUCCAAGGUAAUGAGAAGGGUUUAUUUCUCAGUCAAACGAAGUAUGCUCUUGAUCUCUUGCAACGUGUUUCCAUGAUUGAUGCAAAGCCUAUUUCUACACCCUUUGUCGUCAGUCAGCACCUCUCAGCCGAAGGAAAGCUGUUCUCCGACCCUACUAUGUUUCGUUCUCUUGCCGGUGCUCUUCAAUACUUGACUAUCACCAGGCCUGAUCUCUCCUUCAGUGUGAAUUUCAUUUGCCAGUUCAUGUAUGCUCCCACUGAGGACCACUCUCGUGCUCUCAAGCAUAUUUUGCGUUAUGUUAAAGGCACUCCUCAUCAUGGACUUCAACUCCAUAAACAAUCCACUCGUGAUUUUCUUACCUACUCUGAUGCGAACUGGGCUGGAUGUCCUGACACCCGCCGCUCUACUACCGGCUAUGCUAUCUUUUUUGGCGCCAAUUUAGUCUCUUGGUCCUCUAAAAAACAAAGUAUUAUCUCUCAUUCAAGUGCAGAAGCAGAAUAUCACUCCUUAGCUGUUGUCACUGCUGAUAUUGCCUGGAUUAUUCAACUCCUUCAGGACCUUUAUGUUACACCCUUAGCGCUACCUAAAAUUCUUUGCGACAAUCAAAGUGCAAUUUUUAUGGAUGUCAAUCCAGUUAAUCGUCCUCGGUCAAAACAUAUUGCGAUCGACUACCAUUUUGUUCGUGAACUUGUUGCUAAUGGCACUUUGAAAGUUACUUUUAUCCCUUCAUAUCUGCAGCUUGCUGAUUCGUUGACCAAACGCCUCAGUUUUUUUAUCUUUUGA